CACGCGUCGUCCUCCCCGGCCUCCACUGCAUUCCCUCCCUUCCCGUCUGCUCCUCCCUCCUCCUCGCCCGACCCCGUCUACAACCCCUGGUUAAAACCCUACGUACUGCCAACCCCGUUGCCAUGGCACCGCAGCCGCCUCUCUUCCCUCCCGCUGCCUUCGACCGCGGCGGCGGCGGCCUCCCUUCAUGGGACCCUAGCCGCACCUCCAACCCUUCCUUCGACCAGGGCUUCCUGAAGGCGGCCUUCGACGGCGAGCUCCACCUCGUCAAGAAGGCGGCGAGGGUGGUGGGAAGGGGGGCGGAAGGCAGUCGCCUCGCUGAGAAGAUGGGCGCGGUCAGGGACGGCUACGGCAUGGGCUUGUUGCACACCGCGGCCCUAGGCGGGAGCCUGCCCGUGUGCCGCUACCUGGUCGAGGACAUCCGGCUGGAUGUCGAUGACGUAGGCCCGAUGGGCGAAACGCCUUUGACUGUUGCGAUUGGCUGUCAGAAUGUGGAUUUGGUGCGCUACUUUCUUGAUCAAGGUGCUGCUACAAUGAAGCUCAACGACAGUGGGAGUACUCCCCUCCACCUUGCUGCUGCAGCAGGAAGCUGUGAAAUAGUUGAGCUCUUACUCUCCAGUGGAGCUUAUGUUGAUGCACUACAUCUUGGUGGGACGGCACUGCAUUCUGCUGCCCGUGAUGGGCGGGAUGAUAUUGUGAAAGUUUUGCUAGACCACCAUGCAGACCAUAAGAUAACUUUGGGUGGUACUGGUUAUACAGCUCUUGCUAUUGCUACUGUUGUGCACUCACUGAAAUGUGUGAAGCUCCUGCUUGAGGCUGGUGCUGAUGUGGAUGGUAAUUGUAAAGAGACACCAUUAAUCAUUGCUGCCAUUAGUGGCUCAACUGAAAUCCUGAAGUGCUUAGUUCUGGCUGGUGCGGAUGCUAAUGUUCCUGACAGUGUCUAUUUUGUGUGUAUUUUGGGUGUCUCGAUUUAUCCUAAUAGGAUUAAAAUACAUGAAACAUCAAAGUUAGGACGAGCUCCUAUUGAAAUUGCUGCCCGCUCUGGUAGGCGUGAAGAUGUUGAGAUUCUAUUUCCGGUCACUUCUCGUAUUCCAAAUGUAUGUGACUGGAGUGUAGAUGGGAUCAUUAGGCAUGUAAAAUCAGUGCGUCCAGCGAAGAAAGCCAUGCUUACUAGUGCAAAAUCUAAAGCGCAUGAGGCGUUCAAGAACGGGAACUAUUAUCUUGCAGCAAGAAUAUACAAAGAGGCAAUGGCACUUGACCCUGGUAAUGCAACCUUGCUUUCAAAUAGGAGCCUAUGCUGGCUCUGCCUCGGUGAUGCAAAGAACGCCUUGAAUGAUGCUCAAGCUUGCAUUAUGAUGCGACCUGGCUGGCCAAAGGCCUCAUAUCGUCAAGGAACUGCUCUAAUGUUACUGAAGGACUAUGAAAAGGCAUGUGGUGCAUUUCUUGAUGGUCUUAAAUUGGAGCCUGGGAACAUAGAGAUGGAAGAUGGAUUACAGUAUCCUCUUUGUUCCUUUUGGCUACAUUGGUGUCUAGUGCAGGCUUUGGAAUCCUUGAAGAUAUAUCGCAGUAGUCGUGGGCAAGACUAGCUGGAUGAGCAUCAUCAAGUAGAUGUGAGAAACUUGUAGUUACCAGAUUUACACUGUUCACUGGAGAGACGGAGGUGCCCUGUUUUUCUGUCUCAUAGGGGGUAGCUAAAGGGUUUGAAUCAGACAAGUAGAUUGGGUAGUUUGGAUGGCCUUUCGCUGAUCAUCAUCAGCUAUAUGGUGAGAAACUAUGAAAUACCUUCCUCACUGGAUGGUCGAGACCGUUCUGCUGAUUGCGAUUUCAGGCGCAAAUGCUGUUCAGAGUGCAGCAUUUUUUUUCUAUGGUUCCGUGGAUAGGGAAACAUUUUUACCAUGGACAUUCCUGGUAAUAGCCUCUUAACUGACAGUAUUGCCAGAUUGACGUUGAAUGCCUGUGUCUUGCUUCAGAUCUCUUGUCAAGCUAAAGAUCAUUGCCCAUAGACUUUGAUCAAUGUGGGUGGGGCAUAGGGCAAGUAAACCCGAACCUUGGAGCUUGCAUGGU